AUGAGUCUUUUGGACUCCAUUUUUGGUGAGGAAUCAAGUGAAGGCAUUGCCUGGAUAGGUUAUAUUGUAGUUUGCACUGACCCAGAUGAGAUAAAGAGAUUGGGAAGACGUGACAUAGUUGUUGCAUGGAGAGGCACGCAGACUCCAUUUGAAUGGAUGCAAAAUCUCAGAGACAUAUUGGUUCCUAUUAUGGCAUCAAAGGCUACAACAUGCUCCAACAUCCAAACAAUUUCAAAUCCAAAUGCCAGGAUAGAGAAGGGUUUUCUCAGUUGUUAUACGUCCACAGACGAGGACUUUGUCAGAUGCAGGCUUAGUGAGAUAACCAGAUUAGUGAAGGAAUUCAAAGAGCAAGAAGAAGAUUUGAGCAUAUCAUUUACUGGGCAUAGCUUGGGAGCUGAAUUAGCGACCCUGAGCGCAUACGACAUUAAACAAAUCAUGGUAAAUGAGUAUGGUGUGACCUUUAUUCCUAUCAUAGUGUUUUCCUUCACGUCUCCCCACGUAGGGAGCCUGUCAUUUGCCCAUCAUAUGGAAGAGAUUGGCGUCAAAGUGCUGCGUGCAAUAAACCACAAGGACUUGGUUCCGAAAAUUCCUGGUAUUUUUUUCGAUGAAAAAUUGGGAUGGCUGACAAGGCUUCUGCACUGGCUUCCCUAG